CUGCUUCAUAUCAUAAGCUUAAGAUGGAGUCACAUAUUGAAAGCUGUGAAAAACCAGCCGAUGUUGAAAACACUGAUAGUAAAAUAUGUGAAAAUGUUGAUGGGGAUAAAACUGAUAAAAAUGUGACUGAAGAAGAUAACUUAUUGAUUGAUGAUAAAAGUGAUACAGAAACAGAUGUGGUAAAAUCGAAUAAAAAUUCUGAAAUAAAAUCGUCGAAAGAAUGUUCAAAAGUAUCAGAUACUAAUUUAAAAAAUAAUGAAAAAAUUGUAAUUAAGGAUAAAUGUACAAAAAAUUCAAAUACAUCCAAAGAGAAGAAAGAUGCUGAUCAAAAGAUUUUUAAAAAAGAAGCUGCACCUCCACAAAAGAUUGUAAUAAGACGUUUACCACCUACAAUGUCAGCAGACGCAUUUUUAAAACAAGUGGCUCCUUUACCAGAGUACAACAAUUUUUAUUUCGUAAAAGCAGAUAAAAGUUAUAGUCCAAAUAAUUUUGCAAGAGCUUAUAUUAAUUUUGUUCAUACUGAAGAUAUUUUUAUAUUUAAAGAAAAAUUUGAUAAUUAUGUGUUCGUUGAUGCUAAAGGUAAUGAAUUUGAGGCUGUUGUGGAAUUUGCAAUUUUCCAACGUAUACCAAAGCGUGGUAGAUAUGGACGAAAGAAAGAUAAUAAAUGUGGUACAAUUGAAUGUGAUCCAGCUUACUUAAAAUUUGUUGAAGAAUAUAAUCAAAAUCCUGAUAUUUCAGAAGGAAAGCCUGAAUAUAGUUUUCAAUUGAAAGAUGAUACAAAGAAAAAUGAUUUUGUUUCAACACCGUUAGUAGAAUAUGUAAAUCAUCGUAAACAAGAGCAAAAUCGUAUACGUGAAGAAAAACGAGAAGAACGGCGACAACGUGAAGCGAAUCGCCGAAGAUUAAAAGAGGAAGAACGUCGAAGAAAACGUAUGGUAGCUAGAGAACGUGAUUUUUAUAAAGAGUCUCAUUCGAAAAAAGAAGCUGAAGUUAUUGAUGAAGAUAAAUCUUUGGAUUCUAAGACUGAAAGUGAAGAAUCAUUAAGUCGUGCCACCGAAUCCAAUAAAAAAUCAUCAAAAACCGAUGAUUCGACUAAAGAGCAAACAAGUGAUAGAACUGAAUCUUUAACAUUCAUACGAACACGUCGUGAAAGUUUUGACAGUGAUCGAAGUGAUCGCAGUCGUCACACUUAUAGAAAUGGUCGAUUUGAACGAAAUUCUAAAUCCAAGUAUGAAUCAUCAUAUUCAUCCAGUCGUAAUGAGAAUUCUGGUAAUUAUAAUAAAUCAUCGUUUAGCAAAGAACCGUACAAACUACGGUUCCCACAAAGUGAUAAAGGUCGUAAAGAUAUUUAUGCACGUGAAGAACGUUUUAGUAGGGAUAGUAAUUCACAACGACGUGAUCGUGGCUCCAAAUUUGAAUCAUCAUAUGGACGAUCAAGUUUCAGUAAUAAUCGAAGCGUACGCGAUAAGAAAAAUCAUGAAAGUGUUAAUAAAUCAACAUCCAGUAGUAAACAUAAUGCGAAAGUAUCGUGGAAAAAGAAUAAGGAACAUAAUUCAAACGAUACUGAGUGUGCGAAAUUAACUGACCAAUCCAAUGGCGACGAUGAGUUGGUAUUAAGUAAAGAUGAAGAAAAACCAACAGAAAAUGAUUCGAACGAUCAGAUUUCAAAUACUGCUGAUACUGACAAAGUUAUCGACAAAAAUAGUAAAAAACGUUCAAAGAAACCUGAUGAUGAUUUUAAUAAAGAUAAUAAUGAAGAAAGUACAAAAAAUACAGAGGCUACUAAAGAUAAAGAUGAUCCUAGAAAGCAACGUCGGAUCAGAAAUAAGGAUCGACCAGCACUACAAAUUUAUAGACCAGGAAUGGGCCGGUUUAGUAAAGAACGAAAAAUACAAACAACCGAAAAUGAGGUUGAAAAUAGAUCAUUAUCUGUAAAUGAAGAUUAAAGAAACGUUUAGUAUGAUGCAAUCUAGUUAAUUAAAUAUAAACUAAGAAAAAAUUCCUGAG